AAGAGAUUACAUGUUAGCCAUCCACAAUUCGGUUUUUCAUGUGUGUGUUUGUUUUGCUCCCUUCUUCCUCCUCCUCCUCCUCCUUCCAACACACCAUCUUUCCAAGCGCAGCAUCGGACAUGGCCGUCAUGGUGGUAUCCGAUGGCUCAUGUUGUUUUCGCUUUCUGAAUCGACUCUACUAUCGUCCAUAACAAAUGCGUUGUUUUCGAUCUAUCUUUUUUUCUCCAUCAUGAUGGAUGGCAGAAGGAUGGAUUCUUGAUGUUGUGUUGGAUGGUGAGGAGAGGGAGUGUGUGAGUGUGUAUGUGUGUAUACAUACGUAAGGAUUACCAAGUGGAUAGGGAAAGAGGGAGACUUGAACAGCUGCCAACGGCAAGAAUGACCAAAAACGAUGGAUGGGG